GUGUCUACAAUGCUCUUUAAAAGCCAGUCCUAAAGUGCGAGCUUUCGUUAAUGAACGAGUAUUGCUGAAAUGCUCAUUCAAAUCCAGUUCUCCCAUCACUGAGAGUCUGACAGUAGACUGGACAUACCAGCCCCUCACAGGUGGUCAGAUGGAGAAAAUUUUUCAUUAUCAGUCUGUUCCACACCCAGCAACGGUGGGAAAGUUCAAAGACAGGAUAUCCUGGGUUGGGGAUGUCGCCAAGGGUGAUGCUUCUAUUGCUAUCCAAAGCCCAGCGCUGACUGACAAUGGGACGUUCAUCUGCAGCGUGAAGAAUCCUCCGGACGUGUACCAUAACAUUCCCCAGACAAUACUGAUAGUUACGGAGAGGGGCCUUUCCUUCCAGCUAAGUUCAGCGGAGCUGCUGUCCAUUUUAGUAUUUCUCCCUUCCGUCAUUGUGGUCGUUCUGCUGUUGGUAAGGAUGGGAAGGAAAUUCGGAAUGCUAAAGGAGAAAAAAAAACCUGGCUGUAAGAAAUCCUCCAUCGAAGUGCCUGAACGUGCAGAGACAGACAACUGCUUGGGGAAACUCACCAACUGGUGUCUGAAGUGCGUGGACACGGACGAGGAAGACCCAUACUGA